AGAUAACGUUCAGCGACUCGCACAUUAGCACGUUGAGAGAGAGAGAGAGAGAGAGAGCCACUCAGCCAGCAGUUGUGUUUGGGCUUCCGUGCGACGCUGGUGUAGUACCUGUCAUCUCUCGUAUAUCAUGGUCCAUGUGGACUGAAAAGCAUGACUUCCCCUUCUGAGAAGGGGGUCACGCAGUAUUUUCGUUGGAAUAAGUUCGAGUAUAAACAACGACACAGAAUACGGACUGUAGUACUUGGCGCAGAAAGAAAGUUCUUUCAUUACUGUUGAACACAAAAUUUCGUUGGCGGUUUUUUACAAGAACAAAUUGAAGGACAUCCAUCCAACAUGUCUGAAAUGGGAUCUGCCACUGCCACAGUUUACAUCCCGGAUAAUACGAAGCCAAGUAGGACAUCGUCUUAUGCGGCCUUCCUCAACGAAAAUAAUUUCACCCUGCUCAGGGGAAGCAAGCAAGAGGGUAGCGGAGGACUGUUGAGGGGUCCACGCCGAGUCAUACGCCUGUGCAUGUUUGGACUUAUUCUCCCGACUCUUCUUAUUAUAAUCCCAUUGUAUGUAAGACUAGUUCUCUACCCACCUGGGCACUAUCCCAUGAUGCCAACGGAUCAACGAAUUCUAUCCAAUCAUGUCUCAAGUGUUUGGUGUAAGGCUCAAUACGCGCAAAUGAAUGGCAGCUUCACCACAUACCGAUCGGCUGACAUUCCAGCCCUGAGGGAUGAACGAAGGAGACACGUCAUGUUGCACAACACAAUCCUGAAGGAUGACGUCAAGGAGUAUUGGGGGUUCCACUUGCUCAAAGGAUCCAGAGUGACAAUAUCCACAUGUUCCAGUCGAGUUGGAGCCCAGCUGAUGAUCUUACGGGGCACAGAAAACCUGAAGCGGUGCGCUUGGAUUGGGGAGGAAGAUUCCAUGGAGGAGGACGAGAGGGAUGAACCAGCUAAUGUCCCCGACUCUGCUGACAAAUCAGAGCCUCUGAUGGAGGUUGUGACCUCAACUCCUCCUCCAGAUACCGUCAAGGAGAAACACGCUGACGAAAAGGUCAAUCUGCAGCAGAUACCGGACACUGCAGAUGAAAUUCAAAGAGAAAACAUUUCAGACGCGAUUUCAUUAGAGGACGAGUCUGAGGAAAGGCGGCAAAAUCUGCAGGAUCUUUUGCAGAGGGCAAUGCAGAUGAGCAAAAGCAAGAAGGAAAUAUUAAGAAUUUUACAUUCGGUAGGGAGAGGGGGCCGGAAACCCCUUCCGAAAAAUAUCAAGCAGAUGAUGGGCAUUACUUCAGACGAAAUGAAUGCCAGCCAGGAGGCCCCUCUUCAGUUGCCCAAAAGGAGAAAAGGGAAAAAUGGCACAAAUUUAGAAAAGAAUUCGACGUCGGGAAUCGCCCAGUCGAGACUGAGGAGAGCCAUCAGUGACGAUGUCAAUUUGGAAUAUGAUGAAGAUGGCGCCUUCGAGAGGUUUGACGAUGGUGAGGAUGACGAUCACCGCCAGAACAUCGUGCGCCACGUGUUCUAUCCCGAAGGACUGAAGUUCGAGAGAGGGAAGUUCAACCAAACCAACAAUGGGGACAAAUCCAACGAGGAGGACCAAUCGUCCUACUCGAGCAGCGAGGAAGCCCUUGCCAAGUGCGACGGGGUCAUCCUGACCUUGCCUCUGGUUUCCUACAGAAGCUGCAGCUACCGCUCGACGGAAAUGAAUAAGAUCACUUACGAUAUCCCCAUCACGGGCACUUACUACUUCGUCUACUCCAGCGAAAACGAAAUUGAUAUGAACAUCAUCUACUUAAAUAUGACUUUCGAGAAGGUAGUCUAUGAUACUGAAGGGUCUCAAGUGAUUUGCUCGAACUCAACAAACUGUUCUGUUCCUUUGUCCUUUUGGUCGCACGAGGAAAUUGUGGUUGAGGUGCCACAACAAGACACCUGGAACAACAGCUAUUUCCUGGAUACAUUCUGUGAGCCGCGCGUCGCUGUCUACUUGACCUUCUUGCUUCUGGUUCCAGUUCUGAUCCUCUUCUGUGCUUUCCAGUAGUUAUGAGAGAAGCGCUUUCUCCUGUUUUCUUUCAGAUUUCCAGUGAUUGGAAUCGUUUUUAAUUAGCGUACAUAUUUAACAUUUGCAAUAUCUGAAAAGGUUUUCAGUUUUAGUUCUGAACCUUCUCUGGGGUUUCAAGCAAUAGAAAUAGUCUCUUAUUUCUCUUGAAAUGUCCCUCCAAUUACUGGAAACAAUUAAUUUUCUAUAUUGACGUAUCGUGCUCCCUAAUAUAUGGAAGUCUUUCCAACAUUUAUACUAGGCCUGUCAUGAUGCUUCUUUAUGAGUUUUUCAGCGAAUGGAAGCUUUGUGCUAUUUUCCGUGCUGAUACUUAACUGAAGAAGUUCCCAGGUUUUCCAUUCAACUUCCCAAGCAUUUUCCAGUCACUGGACGCAUUUCUGGUGACCCACCUUUCAGAAAAACAGUAAAUGACACGUAACAACAAUCGAAAUGUUUCAUUUCCUGAGGCUACAAGCAUUGGCAAAAUGUUUGUAGGCAAGUGCCUUAAUACCCUCGUUCAAGUCAGUAAGGCUAGAGAGGACAGCAGCAGAACCUCUUGUGAUGUCUCAGAGACGAGAAAACUCGCCCAGAGACUGAGUAGUAGUUAGUGCCGGAGCAUUUGCGAGCAUCGUCGAGGUCAAUCGUUUCCUGACGCGGUCCCACUAACAUUGGCGGCAGCCAGUAAUCCAUAUUUUUAAGUCUCAGUCAGAGUGAGAGUAAGUGUGCGUGUUUGUUAAGAAGUUUUAUUUUUAUAUAUAUCUUAUAGAUAUUAUGUAUAGAUGUAUAUGUGGUCAUACUUAUCACGUCAAAGCUAAGAUAAUAAAAAAGAAUGACAUGUACCUCUCCCAUACCUAUUACUUUGUGAUGACAAAACUAUUAGUAAUAAAAUCCAUUCCAACUAAA